ACACAUCUCUCGAGUCUUCGUUGCUUCUUCCCUACAAAACAGCCAAUUAACGAAGAAAAAGUCAAGCUGGAAUGCGAAUGCGCAGCAACUAUCGUAACCCCACGCGCACGUUAGCACUGUCUCUCUCUCUAUCUCUCUCUCACAAACAAAAAACUGUUUGGAAUUGCUCGCCUAGAUUUUCCCAGUAGCAGACACUGACUCUUCACACUGAAUAGUUUCUCUCGGCGCACGUUAGCCUCCUGCCCCGUCCUCCUCCUUCAGUUGGUUGUAGAAGAUCCUCUCCCAAAUUUGGGAGAAAAUUUUGAUAGUUUUGCUAUGAGAGGACGUUAUGUUGAUGCGCCCUCGAUUUUCAAACGCGGAGCAUCGAAGGAUUACAUAAAUGAUUUUGACAGAGAAGGAAGUGCAGUACAUUUGCUGAAUGGCAAGGACAUUGGAAACCCAUCAUGGAGGCGCUCUCUGCCACAUAUACUUGUGGCAACUCUUUCUUCGUUCUUAUUUGGCUUCCAUCUUGCAGUAGUCAAUGAGACCCUAGAAAGCAUCUCUUUAGACCUUGGCUUUAGUGGGAAUACCUUGGCUGAAGGUCUAGUGGUGAGUACAUGUUUAGGAGGCGCCUUUAUUGGAUCUCUAUUCAGUGGUUGGAUUGUAGAUGGGAUUGGGCGUCGAAGGGCAUUUCAACUUUGUGCUCUACCAAUGAUAAUUGGUGCAUCAAUGAGCGCAACAACCAAAAGUAUGUGGGGUAUGCUUCUAGGGAGGUUAUUUGUCGGAACCGGGAUGGGUCUCGGCCCACCUGUUGCUGCUCUCUAUGUGGCAGAGGUGUCACCAACUUUUGUAAGGGGUACUUUUGGGAGCUUCACUCAAAUUGCUACAUGUCUAGGACUUAUGGGAGCUCUUUUUAUUGGGUUCCCAGCGAAGGAAACAGUUGGUUGGUGGCGGAUUUGUUUUUGGGUAUCUACUGUUCCUGCUGCUGUACUUGCUGUUUGCAUGGAGUUCUGUGCAGAGAGUCCCCAUUGGCUUUUCAAGAGAGGAAGAGGUAUUGAAGCUGAAGCUGAAUUUGAGAAGCUUCUAGGAGGACCACAUGUCAAAUCUGCCAUGGCAGAAUUGUCAAGGACUGACAGGGGAGAUGAGGCUGAUACGGUAAAGUUCUCUGAGUUGUUCUAUGGCCGCUAUUUCAAAGUGGUUUUCAUUGGCUCUACCCUUUAUGCUUUACAACAGCUAUCUGGCAUAAAUGCUAUAUUCUAUUUCUCUUCUACUGUCUUUAAGAGCUUCAGUGUGCCUUCAGAUCUCGCAAACAUAUGUGUGGGAAUCAUAAAUUUGUUGGGGUCAUUAAUUGCAACGAUCUUGAUGGAUAAACUUGGAAGAAAGGCGCUUCUUCUUGGAAGUUUUUCAGGCAUGGUAGUGUCAAUGGGACUUCAAGUAAUUGGAGCAAGUUCUUUCACAUCAGGUUCUGCGGCAUUGUAUCUAUCUAUUGGUGGCAUGCUACUAUUUGUCUUCAUGUUUGCUCUUGGCGCUGGUCCAGUACCUGGCCUCCUCCUUUCAGAAAUACUUCCUGGCCGGAUUAGGGCUAAAGCAAUGGCAGUUUGCAUGGCUGUGCACUGGGUGAUAAAUUUCUUUGUUGGUCUAUUGUUUUUGCCCUUGCUGGACCAACUAGGGGCAGAAAUACUGUAUUCGAUCUUUGCUGCCUUUUGUUUGGUGGCUGUGUUUUUUGUGAAGAGCAGUAUUUUGGAAACAAAAGGAAAAUCACUCCAAGAAAUUGAAAUUGCACUUCUUCCAUCCGAGUAGAGACAGAUAAAUGGAUAUUUAUAUUCUUACACCAUUUACAUCCGUUCUGUCGAAGUUGUGGUUCGAACAUUGGAAAUGACACUUUCAUCGGGUGCUCACUCAGGAAGAUAUAUCAUGUAGUUAUAAUUAUUCAAUUAAUUUUUUUUGUGAGCACAUUGAUGUUAUUUCCUACUGAAAUUAUUGAGGAAAUGUAGUAUACCUGAUAGACCUGAAUUGUGUGUAUUAAAAUAAUAUAUGUUAAAAGGCAUGUAAUCAUUUUUAAUAGACCUUCGCCCCUUCACUGCGGAGAGCAUAUUUAUUACAUGUUGCAUGAUGCAUAUGAUUUGAAAAAUAAGAAAAUCAUAUCAA